AUGGCUGUUACUUUUACCACAGAUCCAAAUGGCAGAGAUGUCUCAGUUCUUCGCAAGCCAUUAUUUGCAGCAGACCCACCAUUGGGCGCAGAUGGAAGACCGAUGAUACAGAAAGUGUUGAUCGCCAACCGUGGUGAAAUUGCCUGUCGCAUUAUCCAAACAUGCAUCAAAGAUGCAUCCUCCCGCAAUACGUGUGAGGCAGAUGAAGCCAUCAACAUCGGCAGCAUUGACCGCAGUACUCGCAACCCGUUUCUCGACAUCGAACUACUAGUUCAAACGGCUAUUUCAACUGAAAAUGCAGAGUUUGCCCAGCGCGAUCACGAUGCAGGUCUUAUCUUCAUCGGCCCCAGCCCUAGUGCCAUGUCUACCCUCGGCGACAAACGAUCGUCAAAAGAUUAUUUGCACGCUGUCCUUGUGAUGAAUGGAGAUAUUAGAGGGCUCCAGGAUCUAUUUGCCUCCAGGAAAGCAUCACCCUUCGACCGAGUCGAUAGCCCGAAUGGGGAAUCACUACUUCAUAUAACCAGGUUUGUCAGCCGCAAAAAUAGGACUGAGAUGAUAUCCUUUCUCUUGGACCAAGGAGCUGAAUUGAACUCCUCAAAACAUCUGCCAAUUUGCAGCCAAGCAUACGAGUCAGCGUCUACCACACCUGAGUUGGAUUCAUUGAUUCCAUCAAUGCGUGUCGUGCUCCGCCAUAUAGAUAUGAGCCAUGAGUUUACGGAAGAAUGGGUAAUCUAUGUCUUCAAUACAUUUUACGGAACACCAGAGGAGGUUGCUUUCUUAUUACAGCACUUUUGUCCUUCUUUUUACCAAGUAUCAAAAGAGAUCCGUCUCCGAGUGGCCAUUUCCCUAGCGAGGUGCUUGACGGAGCGCUGGAUGCCCGUUGAUUUCACAUCAAAGAUUAUUCAAAUGGUCUUAAGAAUGGAUGCGUUGGAACCUGAUGAUUUCAAGUUUUGCGAAGGAAUAAGUUCAACGCUAAUUCAUUGUAUAGCGAGUGAUGUCUGUCGGAUUGGGUUCAGUUCGCGCCCAAUCAAUUUGCCAUCCAACUCUGGUUGGAAAAUCUGGAAGCUGUUGGUAUUGAUCUGGGUUGAAUAUGGCAAAGCGGAGGAUUUCAUUUGGAAAAAUCGGAUGAUCCGGCGAGAAUUAUUUAUGUGGGAUACAACUCUGGUAGUGGCCUCAACGAUAAGAGUGAUUGGAUUUUCCUAUGGCGCCUCUCCCAAAGAUUGGCAUCUAUGGCUGUCUGACCCAACUGAUUGUUUCGUGGGAGAAUUUUGGGAUAUGAUUGCGCGGCCAGUGGAAGUGAUGCCCGGUUCUUGGCCGCAAGAAUGA